CACUGGUAGCUCCCUGCUUCCUUAUCCCUCCACUCCCGAGAGAAAAAACCCUGGAUGGCUUCACUUGCGCUCGUUCAUGCCCAAUGGUCGACUGCUCUCCACCACAACCGUAAUAAGCAGGUAGCUGUUGUCCGACGCAAAGGUAUCAUCCUUUCAUCCACCUCCCACCGCUUUCCCACCGCGUUUCAGCGAUUUCCUCAGCGACGUUUUAGCUGCGGAUUUCCAAUUGGGGCUCAGGAGCGCGGCAAUGGAGACGCCGCAGCUACCCAUGAGGAAAACCAGCUGGUGAGGAUAGUCCUGCAAUCCUCGCUCUGGGCCGCAGAAGCUGUUUACAUUUUGUGGCUUUUCUUUCUUCCGUACGCGCCUGGUGAUCCAGUCUGGGCUAUUAAAUCGAAUACAGUCAAUGAUCUUAUGGGUCUGUCACUCAACUUCUUCCUUAUUUUGCCCUUAGCAAAUCUGGUUGGGAUACAUGUAAUUGAAGCACCAGUGCUUCAUCCUAUGGCUGAAGGCCUCUUCAAUCUCGUAAUCGGAUGGACUUUCCUAUUUGCUCCACUUCUAUUCACCGACCAUCGUCGAGGAAGAUUUCGUGGAUCUCUUGACCUUUUGUGGGGUUUUCAGAUGUUCCUUACAAACACUUUUCUAAUACCUUACAUGGCUAUCCGACUCAACAACCGAAGCGACAACACGGACCAGUCACCUCUAAAGUCAUCAAAAUUAGGCUUGUUGAUGACAAAAGGCGCUCGGUCGGUUGGCUUAAUCGGUGGAAUUGUGUGCUUUGUUUCUAUAAUUUGGGCUUUCUUAGGCCGUCCGGAAAGCGGCUUUGGGGAUUUCGAUGGCCGGUGGCGGUUUCUGGAGCACUACAUCGGAUCGGAACGGCUUGCUUAUGCGUUUAUAUGGGAUAUCAUCCUCUAUGCUGUAUUCCAGCCAUGGUUGAUUGGUGACAACCUUCAGAAUGUAAGGAUGAGUGAUCAAGAGUUGGUGAAUGUGUUGAGAUAUAUGCCUGUUGUUGGAUUGGUGGCUUAUCUUCUCUGUUUGGAUGAUGAUUCAGAUUUAUAGCAGGACUGCUGGUUAUAUUGUUAUGGAAGAUUUAGUUGUAUACCGCUUAAUUCCUGUGUAUUUAUAUAUCCAACACCUAUACUUCAAUUUUUAUA